AUGUCAAUGGAAGACGUCCUACGUCAGAAGAAGGAAGAGCUCGUCGAAAUAUAUAAAUCCAACCUCGACAACGCGCGAAAUUUGCAGCGAACGCUGAGGAAAGACAUAUUACCGGGAUUGGUGCAUGAACUGUACCUGGAUGACGAAGGGGAAAGGAGGGCAACAUCGUGGUUAUACGACCUCCAAUCAAUAUUCAGGUUGCUCAGACGUCACAAAUUCACAGUUCCAUUUGCUCUCGAAAACGCACGUGAUGUGUUGUUGUGGCGGUUGGCCGUGAUACCAACCGAGAUUCCCCGUUCGUCUACAUCUUUCAUACGAUGUCUGCCUACAAACGUUCGAGAUCCGUUUGGGAGGCCGAUCGUCGUGGUCAAACUCUGCGACUUGCUCGGUCCCUCGCACGAUGUACGCUCAGCCCUCAUACACUACAUGGAACUGUUGCGGCUUCAUCUGCACACACUCAACCACCAACAAGAAACUGCACAUGGUCGCGAACGGCCCAUCUUGCAGUAUAUUGUUCUCAUGGAUAUUGACCGGAUGCCGAUGCAAAGCCAAGCCGUAGAUUUGAUCACUUGGUUCCUCUACGAGCUUAUUCCUCGUUUUCCCGGUAUGCUCGCUGCCGCCUUCAUUCUCAAUCAUUCUUGGGCACAUACAGGGAUUUGGAACAUCGUAAAGCGUCUGUUACCGAAGUCUGCGCUAACACGCAUAUUCUUCCCUUCGCAAGACGAGCUCCUCGGAUUCCUGUCCGCAGCUGCAAUUCCGCGUGAUUAUGGCGGCAGUCUGCCACUGCUUACUGAGCUUGAGGAUCCCCUGGAGAACUUAGUGGUGAACCUAGAGGAAGGCACUUCCGGCGUGUCGGAUUCUCCGGCGCAACCCGCGGUCUCCGCUGCUUCAGCCUCGUCCUCCCAAACAGUACCCCGUGUCCCGUCGAUAUCCACAUACUCUCACCUCAAUCCUUACUUCGGCUACCCCGUCUCCCGCCAGGGUGCCCCCACGCCGAAACUUAGACAUGGUCGCCGGCGGAAGCGCGAUCUACUUCGUACGUUGGCAGCACUAUGGUGGAGCAAGUGGAAGAACCGCUUCCUUCUCUUGCUGUCCGUAGUUGUCUGCGUAAUCACAUAUAGGUUACGUCGGAAGCCUCGCAUGCUCAGGUGGAGCCAGGGCAUGCGCGGAAUCUUACGCCUUCCCGCUCGGAUAUAG